GUUGAUAUCGACUGCAUAACAUGAACACAUCAGUGUAACAUGAUUUGCUCUUAUUCCAAAACGAGUCUCCCAAGUUCCUCCACUUUCAGUUCGACCAAAAUAUGGGCAGGGAUUUUUUUAAACCUAUUUCAUGGAAAAGACGAACGUAGAUUAAUGAGUAUUUAACUUAAAAUGGAACCCACUUUUGUGGAGGAGAUAGAAUUCCAAGAACUACAAUUCUACGAGGUUGUAGGGAAAGGAGCAUUUGGAGUUGUCAGUAGAGCAAAAUGGAGAUCAAAAGAUGUUGCUGUAAAACUUAUAGAAACCGAAUCAGAGAGGAAAGCUUUUAUGACAGAGUUAAAGCAACUGUCAAGAGUUAAUCACCCUAACAUAGUCAAACUGUAUGGUGCUUGUACUAAACCCCCAACAGUAUGUCUUGUAAUGGAGUAUGCUGAAGGUGGCUCACUGUAUAAUGUGCUUCAUGGUGCUGGUCCACAACCAAUUUAUAACACUGCCCAUGCCAUGAGCUGGUUGCUUCAAUGUUCCAUAGGUGUGGAGUAUUUACAUGGCAUGAAGCCGAAAGCAUUGAUCCAUAGAGAUCUGAAACCUCCAAAUUUACUUCUUAUAAUGGGAGGGACAGUUCUGAAGAUCUGUGAUUUUGGUACGGCUUGUGAUAUACAGACACACAUGACCAAUAACAAAGGAAGUGCUGCUUGGAUGGCACCAGAAGUCUUUGAAGGAAAUAUGUACAGUGAAAAAUGUGAUGUGUUCAGUUUUGGUAUAAUUUUAUGGGAGGUGAUUACUAGACGGAAGCCAUUUGAUGAAAUAGGAGGACCUGCUUUCAGAAUAAUGUGGGCUGUUCAUAAUGGUACAAGGCCUCCACUGAUAAGUAAUUUACCCAAACCUCUAGAACUUCUUAUGGUCAGGUGUUGGUCAGGUAACCCAGCAGAAAGACCCUCUAUGAUUGAAGUGGCAAGGAUCAUGACACAUCUUUAUCAGUUUUUCCGAGGAGCAGAGGAACCUUUAGUUUACCCUAACAAUAGACAAUCAUGUGAAUCACCUGACUUCACCUUCAGUUCAGUGCCUGUGACAACAUCAUACUCCAACACGCCACCCAGUUCUAACACAUCAACAACGAGUCAACAGACAGGAGAAUCACGCUCUGGUACUCUUAUAGGAUCAGACACAAUCAAGAAAUCAGACGAGUUCAACAUACCACCUCCUCUUCCUCCCAGGGCAAAUCCUCCAAUUAACCCACCAGUGCUAGAGGAUGAACAAACAAGAGGACAACAGAGUGCCCCACCCUCCCUUGCCGGAAGUCGAGAUAGUCUAAAUGAUGCUGCACGGGCUGGUACCCCAGACCAUUUAAAACGUUACUCAGCAGACAGUACUCUGAUGAAAUGUGAUAUAAACAGGGAGAUAACCAACAGCAGUAGUGGCAGCAGUGGGAACUCUUACAAAGGCCAUCGUAGGGCGGGAUCUCAUGGCACCAUUAUAAUGAUUACGGGUGGAGUAAUACAGACACCAGUGACUACCUCCUCAGCAGCCAUACCAACUCAUCUACGACAUACCUCGUACACUACCGCUGCACUCUUAUCACCAAAGUUUAUAUCCGAUCAAACACAAUUCAAAUUUCCAGGGCGUGGUCACCGACGGGUUGGUUCAGAUGAAGGAUACCAAAUUAAGAGCACCUCCCCAGUAUUUAUAAACACCGCCCACAUUCCUGUCAGUUCUGGACAAACAUUUCAUCAAGUCAGUACUUUCCCAGGGUCCAUAACAGGAAACAGGGCAAAUGCCCUCCCACAGAGAUCUGUAUCCCAUCAACCUCAGACGUCAGAGAGGGUACCAGCUACAGGGUCACGUCAUGCCUCAUGGACGUCAGACUCUGGGGGAGGGAUACAGAUAGAGCUGAUCCCUCCCAGGAAUACACAGUCAUCAGAUAUUCAGCAAGGUACUGGUCUGUCAAAUGCUGAAGCGUUUGCUAUGAAUCUGGUCUACCAUUCCUUAGACCAACAAUUACAGCCAAUAACACCUUACCCCCCAAGUCAGGAAUCAAUGGAAAUAUACCAACAGCAUUGUGAGCUUGCUCAAGAAUACCUUAAAGUACAGACAGAGCUAGCUUUACUUAUACAGCGAAAAAAUGAUCUAUUAAAAGAAUUUGAGAUAGAUGAACAGAACCAUCAAAGUAGUACAAGAUUAUACGAUGAAUACAAUCAGUUGAUGGAGGAAAAUGAGAGUCUUAAACUGUUACGACAAAACCUGAGUAAGCAGGUACAACAAAUUAGACAGAUACAACAAAGAAGAAGAUGACAUUAAUAAUCUAUGGAAGAUGGAACCUGAUUUACAGUGAAACUUGCUCUUCUUCAAAGAUGGAAUCAUUUGUUGUGAAGAUCUUACUGAGUUAUCAACUCCCAAUGGAACAUAUGAGAGCUCUGUAUUUCUAUUCACUGCCAACUGUGUUAGUGAAAUGCAUGUUGCAUUAUGAACUCAUUAUGAAUAAUAAUCUUCGAAAGAUUACAAAGCUUGUACAUUUCUUAUCACUUAAAAAUUAAUUUCAUUUAGAACAUAAACAUACCCCAGUUUUGAAAUACAUAUCACAUGUAUUUCAGGCUGUUAUUACAUUAUCAUGGAAUUAAAAACUCAUUUUGAUUAUGAAUAAAUAAUUUAUUGACAAGCUUUCAAAAAGCUAUUAACAGAUUUUAUUAUGUUGAUUAUGAUUUAUGUAUAUUUUGAUUGCAUGGAACUACAUGUAUAAAAUUAUGUUGUUAUUUUGUUUUUUGUCAGACAGUAAAUAAUGAUGUUAUAUGUUUUUUUAAAUUCUUGUUUCGUAACUUCAGUCUUAAAUUAACAUUUGUGUGUUAUGAAUUACUGUAAAUUCAGAAAUUAAUGCGAGGUUUUUAUUUUUGCGAAAAUUGCAACAGAGUUGCAAACGCAAUAAUUUAAACUCGCAUUUUGAAAUGUUUUAUAUGAAUUAAACAGGAUUUUUUCUCAAAAUCGUAAAAAUAAAAAUCGCAUUUAGGUCUAAAAUGACAUAAUCGCAAUAAUAAAUGCACGCAAUAAUUUCUGAAUUUACAGUAAACAUUUUCAUGCAUGUUUUAUACAAGAAAAUAUUCUUACUGCCUCUUUCAUUUUUUUAAAAACACUAUCAAAAUGAUGUUCAGUUGUUUUAUUUUAUUAAAAAUCAUUUUUAUGUAAAUAAGUGAAAUAAUAGUGAAUGUUACUUAACAAUCAUAAUCGUUAUUCUUCAGUUGAGCAGCCAUUACACUACAUUUGUAUUUCCCAAUUCCAAACAUUAUUUAGAUAGAAAAUAACAUGGCCUCAAUUUAACGAAUGUAGAAAAGCUGAUAUAAAAGUUCUUUUUACACAUAUUCCCUAUGAUAUCUAAUUUUAAAGCCAAAUUGGAAUUUUUACCUGAAUGUCACGGUCCACUAAAUAUAGUGAAUAAGACCGUAAGGGGGCCGAUCCAAAUGCUAUGGAGUAUGGACACAUUUUUUGUUUUUUUUGUAUGUCUACAUCCUUGUCUUCUUAAUGUUUAGGAUUGAGUGUUCCUGAUGAAAAAAAGCAAGAAAUUUUUACAGUGUAAUUUUCAUUUAUUAAAAAAGUAAAAAUUCAAUUUUUUUUUUUACCUGUUUAUUUUUCAAUCGACUUUUAUUUAAAUCAAUCAAUUUGUCUCAUUUUAUGAUGCCCCCUUUCAUUACAAUUGUAAAAUGUAAAAUGACAAAAUAUUGAAAAACGAUGAUUUAUUUCAUUUGCCUUAGAAUUUGUAAGAUAAGAUCAAAAAUAAAUUAUGAAUAUAAAUAUUAAUUGCCAUGAUAUUGUAAUGAGCUUAUUGAGCGUAGUUAGUGAGUUUGAUAGUACUUAGUUAAAGUGUGAUGUGCGUAACUGAUUUUAAAUUAAAUUUCAAUGUUUUUUUAUGAAGAAAAAACAUAUAUCAUGUUAAAUAUCAGCCCUUUUAAGCUGCUAUUGUUGAAAUAAUCAUUUGUUUAAAUGUUAUAUGAAUAUUUUAUAGAUAUAUGCUUUUAGAAGAAACAUUUGUUAAAAUGUGCAAUAAUUUUUUCAAAGUAUACAAGAUCUAUAAUGUGUGAAAGAAAUUUGACAUGAACAGCAGUUGUUGAAUUAAUUAUUAAAUUGUAAUUAAUAAAGAA